CAUAAUACGGCUUACGUGUACUCAGCAUUAAUCAAAGUCUGACAUCACUGUUCUCUCGUCCCUUCCCUCAAGUUACUCCACUUCCCUCCUCCCGAAUUACUUUCCCUCGCUUCCGCCAUAUCUCUGAAGCUGAAGAAUCUCAAGCCAGCAAUGGUGGUGGCGGUUGGGAAGAGGGUUCUCGAUUCUGGGUGGAUAGCGGCUAGAUCGACGGAGGUCAAGCUCACCGGGAUUCAGCUCACUACCACUAACCCUCCUUCCGUCGGUCCCAAGUCGCCAUGGAUGGAAGCUGUUGUCCCCGGAAGUGUUUUGGCAACCCUUGUAAAGAACAAAGUAGUUCCUGAUCCAUUUUACGGACUAGAGAACGAAGCAAUCCUCGAUAUUGCUGAUUCUGGGAGGGAUUACUACACAUACUGGUUCUUCACAACUUUCGACUGUAAGCUGUCAGCAAAUCAGUUCUUGGAUCUGAACUUCCGUGGAGUGAAUUACUCUGCCGAAGUGUAUCUAAAUGGACAUCAAAAGUUAUUGCCUAAGGGGAUGUUCAGAAGGCAUUCUCUUGAUGUUACUAGCAUUCUAAAUAGUGAGGGAAGCAACUUGCUAGCAGUUCUAGUUCAUCCACCAGAUCAUCCUGGCAAAAUCCCUCCUGAAGGCGGUCAGGGUGGUGAUCAUGAGAUUGGGAAAGAUGUCACGACACAGUAUGUCGAGGGAUGGGAUUGGAUUUGUCCCAUAAGGGAUAGGAAUACUGGCAUUUGGGAUGAGGUGUCCAUAUUAGUUACUGGGCCAGUGAAAAUAAUCGAUCCACACUUGGUCUCGACUUUCUAUGAUAACUAUACAAGGGUAUAUCUGGAAGCUGCAGUGGAGUUGGAGAAUCGAAGCUCUACUGUGGCUGGGUGUACCGUAAACAUUCAAGUGACAACAGAACUAGAGGGAGAUGUUUGCUUAGUGGAGCAUCUGCAGACACAGUACUUGGCCAUAGCUGCUGGUAAAUGCGUAAAAUACACAUUUCCUCAGCUAUUCUUCUACAAGCCAAACUUAUGGUGGCCAAAUGGCAUGGGGAAGCAGGCUUUGUACAAUGUCACCAUCACUGCCAAUAUCGAGGGACAUGGAGAAUCUGAUACUUGGAACCAGCUGUUUGGAUUCCGUAAAAUCGAGAGCUCCAUCGACAAGAACACUGGUGGAAGGUUGUUCAGGGUCAAUGGCAAACCAAUUUUCAUCCGAGGGGGUAACUGGAUAGUGUCUGAUGGGUUGCUGCGGCUUUCCAGAAAACGGUAUGAGACAGAUAUAAAGUUCCAUGCUGAUAUGAAUUUCAACAUGAUCCGCUGUUGGGGUGGUGGGGUGGCUGAGAGACCAGAUUUCUAUCAUUACUGUGACAUUUAUGGCAUACUAGUAAGUCCAGUUCCUCCUUAUUUCCCCCUCUUGUGUUUGGGACAUGACAGAACGCUGGGCAUUUCUCUUUUAUUAAUUUGAUUUAGUUAGUACACUAGUGUGAAACAUUUGAACAGAAACCCGAUAGACAUGGAAGAAAUGACUUGUAUGUUUGUUUUUUCGAACUUAAGUGACAAGUUUGUCAAAACUUGUAGUUCAGUAACCCAUUUGUUAGUGACCGUUUAUGCAAUUUGCUCAAUCGAAUUUGCUGCCUUGUUCCCAUCCCCAGAACUAAGCCCACUGCAGGAGUUCAAAGCACUGCCUUGAGAACACAACUUAUGUCUCUAAUCUAAUCUGUUUUCAGGUGUGGCAAGAAUUUUGGAUCACUGGAGAUGUCGACGGAAGAGGAGUCCCUGUUUCAAAUCCAAAUGGUCCAUUGGAUCAUGACCUCUUCUUGUUCUGUGCCCGUGACACCGUCAAGCUCCUAAGGAACCAUCCAAGUCUCGCUCUUUGGGUAGGUGGAAACGAACAAGUGCCACCACCUGACAUCAACAAUGCCUUAAAGAAAGACCUGCAACUAAUGCCUCAUUUCCAAACCGUCAUAGAAGGAGAUAAAAAACUCCCAGUGUCAACAGCUCUCUGCGACUAUCUCGAUGGCACACGAAUCUAUAUUCAAGGAUCGAUGUGGGAUGGCUUCGCCGAUGGCCAAGGGAACUUCACCGAUGGGCCGUAUGAAAUUCAGUACCCUGAGAGCUUCUUCAAGGACGACUUCUACAAGUAUGGCUUCAACCCUGAGGUUGGUUCUGUGGGAAUGCCAGUUGCUGCCACCAUCAGAGCUACAAUGCCCAUAGAGGGAUGGCAAAUCCCAUUGUUUAACAAGGUUGCUGAUGGUUAUGUGGAAGAGGUGCCAAACCCAAUAUGGACAUACCACAAAUACAUUCCAUAUUCCAAACCUGGCAAGGUUCAUGAUCAAAUACUGCUAUACAGCCUCCCAACAGACCUUGAUGAUUUUUGCCUGAAGGCUCAACUUGUAAACUAUAUCCAAUACAGAGCUCUUCUGGAGGGCUAUAGUUCUCAUAUGUGGAGCAAGUACACUGGUGUCCUUAUUUGGAAGAAUCAGAACCCAUGGACAGGUCUUCGAGGCCAGUUUUAUGAUCAUCUUCUCGACCAAACUGCAGGUUUUUAUGGCUGUCGUUCUGCUGCAGAACCACUACACGUCCAGCUAAAUCUGGCUACUUAUUUCAUAGAGGUUGUCAAUACCCUACCAAAUGAUCUGUCAGAUGUGGCUAUAGAAGCAUCUGUAUGGGAUCUGGAAGGAACAUCCCCGUAUUACAAAGUCUACGAAGACCUCUCAAUUCCUUCGAAAAAGACUACACGCGUUGCAGAAAUGAAGUACCCCAAGUGCAAGAAUCCGAAACCAGCAUACUUCCUCCUACUGAAACUCUACAACAAGUCGGAUUACAGCAUCUUAUCCAGGAACUUCUACUGGCUGCAUCUGCCUGGUGGCGAUUACAAAUCCCUGGAGCCAUUCAGGAAGAAGAAGAUCCCUCUCAAGCUCACGACACAGACCUUUAUCAGUGGAACAACCUAUGAAAUGGAAGUCCUUGUCCAGAACAGGUCCAAGAAACCUGACCCCUCCAGACAUUUGACCGACCAGAACAACUUCAUCACUAAAAUCCAACACAAGGCCGCUGGUGAUGACUAUGAUGCAAACUCAGAGCUGCAGCCUGCACUAACCAAUCCACAAGAAAACGAGCGUGGCUUCUUCAGAAGUCUGUCCAGGAUCUUUUUCAGCGAAACUGAUGGGAACUCCAUGAGGGUCUGUGAAGUGAAUGGCAGUGAUAUUGGAGUCGCAUUUUUCAUUCAUUUUUCUGUUCAUGCUGCAAAUGCCAAGUAUCAAGAGGGUGAAGACACCAGAAUCCUGCCUGUUCAUUAUUCUGAUAACUACUUCUCGCUGGUUCCGGGUGAGCAAAUGAGGAUCAAAUUGUCAUUCGAGGUUCCUCCAGGGGUCACUCCAAGGGUGACUCUUCAUGGCUGGAAUUACCCUGGUGGCCAUGCAGUUCAUCAUUGA